AUGGAGGGGAACAUCGCAGUCAUUUCACCAUCUGAUUCCUCCAGCUCCAAGCACUAUCGAAUACAGCUCCGUCAUGCGGCUAUCCUACGUUGUACUCGCAACUAUGGCGCAAGCACUGAGGCCAUGGUGAUCACUGCAAACUCCGUCCAGACCAAGACGUCCAUCUUCUCGCUGAACGCUGUCAACCCCAAUAUCGAAGACCGCAGAUUCCUGCGAGCUCACAAAAGUGCGGUUACUGCUGCAGACGAAGAACGCGGUCUACCGACCGCCACUGGGAUCAAGGAGAAAUUUUUCAAGCUUAAAAUGAAGAUUGCGAUGCCUGGUAUCAAGAAGGUUCUGGAAAAUGUAGUGAGUGGCAUAUUCAAGUGA